AUGUCUACACCUGCCCCAUGUUCAACCCCGAAGACGCUUGCCAUGGAUCCCAACAUCAACAAAGACACGCUCACCUCGGAAGAUGAUGAGACGCUUCAAAAGAUCGAGAAUGCGAUGAUGGACGAGCUCGAUCAGGUCCUGCGCAGACUUGCUAACACAUCGCCGCAUAAACGACGCUACUUCUCGCCAGGCGCGUUGUUGCUUCUUGUUCUCUACACACUGAUCCACGUUGUGUUCAUCCAGCCCGCAUCUUCGCUCCUAGGUCGCCAAUUCCUCAUUCCCAUCAUUUUUAUGGUAUUCAUAGAAGUCACCUCCGAGGCCUAUCUGGAACGGAUAGUAGGAUCGUACGAGAAGAUCGUUGACAGAAUGAGAGACUUGGCCCGGCUUUCACUCAACAUGGCACAUACCUGUGAGAAAGCGCUGCAAGAGGCCGAGGAAGCGUCCGACCAAACCGCGGCGUACAGGACGACCUAUUUCCGCGCCUUCCACCAAAAAUUAAAUGAAAUGCGUCUGGAAUACUAUCAAGCAUACCUGGAUCACUACGGAACUCUCAUCGGUUACGUCGAGCUCAUUACCAAGAAAGCGAAGACCAUGGCUGCGCCGCCUAAAGUCAAGGGUGCGAAGAGGAACUGCGGCAACCGCAUCAUGAACGAUAACAACGGUCUUACGGAGUCUCUGGAGAACUUUGCUGUCACGCUCAAACAGCGGCAGUCCACGGCGAGGCUACAGAUUGCAGUAGCGGAGAAGAUCAAGGACAUACUCGAUCGCGAGGGCUUGUUACCGGAGGAGAUCGAUCAACUAGUGGAUGCGGCGGAAGAGGAUCUAGAGCGUGCGCAGGACGCGUCGAACGUUCGGACUCUAUCACCGGGUUCCAGUACCUCAGACUCCAACGCGUCGCCAUCGCCAGUCGCGGAGAGCGUUGAUAGCAAGCUGGAGAAGCAUUUCGAGGACUUGAAUAGGUGGUUCCAGAGUGUGCGGGAUCAACCUGUUGUCGCAGAGGAGAACUGA